AUGGGUUUCAGAGAGGUUGUUUUGUUCGGAUGUGUGCUUCUCCUCUCAGGUGGAACUCCCGGUGCCGCCACGGCAAACUGGUUCAACAUGAGCACCGUAGAAACGCCGAACCGAAUCCCACAGGAGCACGGAACGCCGAGCUUACAGCCGCCGGCAUCGAGCCCGGGCUCCAACUGGACCGAGCACGACAGCCCGCGCCGCUCCCCCGUCACCUACCGGCUUAAGGUCCACCAGCUCCGGACGCCGGCGCCGCUCGAGGACCAGAUGCUCCCGUCUCAAAGCCCGCAGUGGUGGGAGGCCGACGUGCCGGAGCAGCUGGAGCCAGAGGUCACCGUGCUGGAGCCGAGGGCUUUAAAACCCACUGACCCGCCGUACAUUCAAGGCCCGGACCUGAACCCACCUGGCGAGCCCGACUCAAUGAUGCUGAUGUUUGAGGAGCGGGUUCCCGUGCCGGCCGACACCGUGGUGGCGCACUGUGGCGAAGGAGAGGUCACUGUGGAGGUCCAACGGAACUUCUUGGGAAACGGCCAGUUGAUCCGGCCAAUUGAUCUGACCCUCGGAGGCUGCCCCGCACUGGACUCCCCUCACAACAUCCUGCGCUUCCAGUCGGAGUUGCUGGACUGCGGCUGCACCUUUAGGAUGACUGAAGAAGCCCUCAUCUACUCCUUUUUACUGAUGUAUUCUCCCACUCCCAUUGGCAACACCUUCAUUUUAAAGACCAACCCUGCUCAAGUGGUAAUUGAAUGCCACUAUCAAAGGCGGCUGUUGGUGAGCAGCGGCGCCGUGAGGCCCACCUGGAAGCCGUUCCUCUCCAGCAUGUUGUCGGAGCAGCGGCUGCAGUUCACCCUGAGCCUCAUGACAGAGGACUGGCAUUCGCCGAGGCCUUCCAACUCCUACCGCCUUAACGAAGUGAUGCACAUUGAGGCGGUGGUCGUCCAGGGCCACCACGUGCCGCUGAGGGUGUACGUGGACAGCUGCGUGGCGACGGUGGACGCCGACUCCAGCUCUCUGCCCCGAUACUCUUUCAUCAGCAACCACGGGUGUUUAAGUGACGCCAAGCUGACGGGAACCAAGUCUUACUUCAUGCAGAGGGACCAUGAGGAUACACUUCACUUCCAGCUGAGAGCCUUCAGGUUCAACCACGAGCACAAGAAUUCACUCUACAUCACAUGUCGCCUGAAAGCGACUAAAGUCACCGCGCCCAUCAACUCGCAGAACAAAGCGUGUUCCUUCUUGCCAGAGGCUAACCGAUGGGUGGCGUCAGGUGGCGAGAACAAGGUGUGUGGCUGCUGUGAGACGAGCUGCAGCGAGCGGAGGCAGAAACGAGGCCUCGACGCGGAUGUCGAUCCGCAGUGGGAGGGCACGGUGGCCGUGGGCCCCAUCCUGUUGGAGGAGGACAUCCUGCUGACGGAGCAGUCGGAGCUCCAAACGCAGCAAGUGACACCAGCAGCCUCCUCUCGGUCGACGGCCCUGCUGUGUGGAGGGGGAGCGGCGCUGGCCGCGGCGCUGCUCGUUGUCAUGGCGGCCAUCAUUCGCAGCCGAAGCCGCAAACCCACUGGACACUGUGUCGGCACCUGAUUCAAGAUAAUAAAAACAAUAAAUAAAAUCCUCAUCUUCCCUGUACUCAUUAA